GAACUAUUUUAUUUAUUUCGACUGGAACUUUUAUUUUGAAAAGAUCACGAAACCGGAUAUCCGGCAUUGUGUUGUUGUGACUGCAGGACGCGCUAGUGCUGCUCAGAUCUUAUUAGAAAUCAGAGAGAAAAGAAACUCUGGACUGACGGACGACGUCUCCGCGGGAUCAUCACUCAUGGGAGGGAGCGAUGCUGGCAGAUCCGAGAGCAAAUCCCGGAGCUUGUCCUCAUCAGGCGUCAGGAGAGACAGUCCCGGCCGGCAGAAGAAGCACGAGCGCUCCUCCGAGAAGAAGAAGAUGAAAAGGAGAAGAAGCUCCAGCUCGUCGUCAUCUUCAAGCUCCACUUCCACAUCCAGAGAAAAAAAGGCCAAGAAGAAACAGAAACGACGAGAAGUUAAGAAGCUGAAGCGUGAAAAGAAGAAGGAGAAAAAGGAGAAGAAGCGGCAGAAGAAGGUUGCGUUGAAAGCUGAAAGAGCGGCAGUGACGGCUUCUGUAUCGUCUCCUGCUUCUGAUGACAAACUCCAGCCGUUCCUGCCGAUCUGGCAGAGCGAAGAAACGAAAGAACACGGGCCCGUCAUGACUGACGAACAGAAGGCCAGUUUCUGCACCAAGAGGCCGAUGACGAAGGAAGAAUACGAGGCGAGGCAGAGCGUCAUUCGUCGCGUCCUCGACCCCGAGACGGGCCGCACCAGGCUCAUAAGAGGCGAUGGGGAAGUUCUAGAAGAAAUCGUCACCAAGGAGCGACACAAAGACAUCAACAAGAGAGCCACUCAGAGCGAUGGUGACGCCUUCCAGAAGAGACUGGGGAUCAGCAGGUAAUGGAGCGGCUCAGUUAAGACAAGUCCUUCCCGAUCCAAAGCCUUCUGCAUUUCUACAGGAGCUCCUGUAUUCCUCUCUCUCGACUACAUGUCAUAGAAAUGCAGUGUGCGAAUGACGUUUUGCUCUCAGACUUUCAUUUUUCAGGUUAUCUCAGACUAAGUAGGAGUUGAAUUGUUGAGUUGACGAAUGAGGUUAAUUAAGUAUUUAAUUUAACACGUUUUACAUAUUUGACGUUCUUCACAUCAGGAAGAGACUGUCUCUCAGUUAUCUGUAAACUUUCUUAAUGGCUUAUUUAUUUGUAAAUAAUGUCAUUUUCUGUCUGAUUGUAUCUUUGUGGUAUGAUGACACCAGAGGACUGUGCCUCAAUAAAAUAUCUUUGUGCA